AUGCUUCUGAGUGUGCUCAGCGAUUUCUGGUGCCUGAAUUUGGAACGCAAUUUAUCGACUCUUUCCGCCGUCAAUCUUUUCAUGGCUUCGGGAGUCGGCCCAGGGAUGUACCACCGUGCAGCGAAGAACAACACUUUCUCCUCCUCCUGCAUCCACCUCCACGCUUCCUCGCCACUCCGUCCUCCUCGAAUCAUGUCCUCGUCAACGAUUUACGUCGGCAACAUCCCGCCCUCGCUCGAUGAAUCCUCCCUCUCCACCUACUUUGCACCCUUUGGCGACAUCAUUUCCAUCUCUGUACCUGCUACCACCACUCCCCUCGGACGCCGCAACAAGGGAUUCGGUUUCAUCACAUUCUCUCAUCCUGAUGAGGCGCUGGAUGCGAUAGACAAUAUGAACUUGAACGCGAUACAGGGUAGAACGAUACAGGUCAAUCUGACGGAUGCGAGCAAGGUCAAGGAGCCGAGUAAAGGCAGGGCGGUGUGGGAUGAUGAGGCUUGGUUGAAGCAGCAUGCUUCCGAAGCUACACCGCCGGAAGCCGCGGGCGUACCGGAAACAACAUGA